UCUAUUUUUCAAUCUUAACUGUGGAUUGAUGCCAAAACCAAACCUUUUUUAUUAAUUUUUUCUGUCAUCGUGGCUUGUGGGUCGUGGCUAACGUAAAUGAAAUCCCAAUCUCAAGAUUCGUCAAACAGUUGGAAGUUAUUGGUCCUAGUGUGCGACUGAUGCUCUCACUUAUCGGAUUCCCAUGUGCAAGUUGGUAAAAAAGCUCCCUUUUUCAAUUUCCAUCUUUUUUUAUUUAGUGGGUUAGGCUCUUCUUUUUCAGAUUCAAUACAUUUCUUUACAAACCCUUUUUAGUCUCAAAUGGGUUUGUCUCUGUUUUUCAUUUCAACUGAUGAAUCAAGAGAGAGAUAGUUGUGUUUCUUCGAUGAACUGACUACCGGCCGGCCGAAUUGAAGGUGGGUUUUUCUCCAAUUUAUCUAAAGAAGCUUCUUAUACAAAUUACUUGAGAUCUUAGUUUAUAAGAUGGAAAUCACUCUUCUGAAACCCGAUCAGAGCAACAACAACAAGGAUUUAUUAAUCAAAACCAGUAAAUUGUCAAUCUCCAAAGCAAGAAGAAGCAUCGAGAAAUCAUUUGUUAAACUGAGUAGCAAAAUUCCCCGACAUAUCAUCAGCAUAGAAGAAAAAUACCUUCGACAUUGCUUAGAACUGAUAUAUGUAACCGCCUCUUUGAACAAUCCAUCUUGGGAGCCGAUUUCUUCAAAGAUACCAUCUUUUCCAGCCAUGACACCAAUGAUUCGCGGCCAUGAAGAUGGGGAAUGGAUUGUUGGUUCGAUUACUCAGAGUAAGAGCAUAUUGAAUAUACUCAAAAGCUCUUUUAAUCAUAAAGAUGAAACGACACACAUAAGAUUUGAUUCGGGGAGGAUUCAAACCACAAAAUCCAGAGUUUCUGAUUCAAUAAUGGGAAUGGUUCAGCUUACAUGGAAGGCAGGUUCUCCACAUUGUGUUUUCUUAUUAGAUAGUCACAAAGAAGUUUAUACGGCUAAAAGGAGUUCGGAUUCAGUUUAUGUUUUUCACCAGUCAGAUACUAUUGUGGGUAGGAUGAGAGUAUCCCAAACAGAUUCGGAGAUUAAGGAAACAGAGUUUGUUCUGUUCGGUGUUGACGAUGAUGAUCUCAUCAACGUGUCUAAAACCCAGAUCCUUAAGAAGAAAAACAACAGUGGGUUGUUGCAAAGGAAAAUCAAUCAAGUUUUCAAGACGAAUCGUUCAUCAAUAGAGUCAAACCGAGAUUCAUGUGUAUGGCCUAGACAGGAGGAUGAUUAUUUUUUACCCAAUCUCCAACUUAUUGCAGUUGUUAUUAAAGAACAAAUCCAUACCCAUCAAAAGGAAGAGGAAACAAAGGGUUGGGGAUUAAAGUUUCUGAGAAGAAUUAAGAAGAUUAAGGAAGAAAAUCUCGACAUUGAUAUUGUGGUUCCUGCUGGAAUUCAUGGAGGUCCAAGAAACAAAGAAAGCGGUCCUUCGGGUCUCCUAGAAAGAUGGAGAUCGGCGGGGAGAUGCGAUUGUGAAGGUUGGGAUAUGGGUUGUUCAUUUAAAGUAUUUAAAACUCGGCCAACUGAUACCACUUCUUGUUCUUCCCAACCUCGUUCAUGUUCAUCGUUUGAUUUGUUCAUAGAGGGCUCAAGUGAAUCCGCGGCGGCGAUCAGAAUAACUAACGUCGACGAUAGAUUGUAUACAACCCGUUUUGAAUCGGGUAUUUCAGCUUUGCAGACGUUUGCAACUGCAGUUGCGGUUAUUCAUUGUAGGAGUCCUCAAUUGAAAACGCAGCAAGAUCAAGAUUUUUAGCUUUAAUAAUAACUAAAAUACAAUAAUUGAUUAGAGAUUUCAGUUUAUUUAGUUAUUGACAGUCACUAUAUUUAUUAAUAAUUGCAAUAAUUUGUAUGUAAUUGUAAACUAUAUAUUAGUGAUUGCUAUUAGGCAGACAUGAUUGUGUAACCUGUAAU